CAUGAGUAAAGUUAAGAAGUCCAAAAAUCAGCUUAGAAGAGAAAGAGCAAAGGCCAAGAAGGCUGAAGGUGAAACUGGCGAGGAGAGUAAUAUUAAUGAGACGAAUUCAAUCAAGGAUGAGAAAGAACAAGUAGUAGAAGAAACAUCAAAAACUGUAGAAGAGCCCAAAAUUACAUCAAUUGAUGAUAUGAUGGUUGAUUUAAAAGAUCCACUUUUUGCAGAAUUUCAAAAUGUAUUCCAAAAGUUUGAGUCAAAUGGGACUGAAGAAACAAAAGAUUUUGAUAUGGAGCAAAAUGAAGUUAAUGAAAUAAAUGGAAAUUCCAACAAUAACGAUACAUCAUCAUCAACAUCAUCAGACGAAUCAGAUGAAGAUUCAGAACCAGAAUUAACAAAGAGACAAUUGCGUAAACAAAACAAGAUCCCCCUUGCAACCCUUAAAUCCAACACGAAGAGACCACAAGUGGUGGAAUGGUACGACGUGGAUGCACAAGAUCCAUAUCUUCUUGUAGCACUUAAAUCCCAACCCAAUAGUGUCCCAGUUCCAUCACAUUGGACGAAUAAAAGAGAGUACCUUGCUGGAAGGAAAGGAGUCGAGAGACUUCCCUUCCAACUUCCAAAGUUCAUUGCAGACACAGGUAUUCAAGAUAUGAGAAAUGUAGGUAAUGGUGAUGACCAAUCGUUGAAACAACUGCAAAGAGAUAGAGUUGCUCCUAAAAUGGGUAAAUUGGAUAUUGAUUAUCAACGUUUACACGAUGCAUUCUUCAAAUUCCAAACCAAACCGAGAUUAUUUGGAUUUGGUGAUACAUAUUACGAAGGAAGAGAAGCCACUGACGAAUACCUGGACGAAGUACUUAAUAUUAAACCAGGUGUAUUAUCCAAACAGUUGCGACUGGCCUUGGGCAUACCUGAAAAUGAUAAAUCUCCACCCCCAUGGAUUGCAAUAAUGGCCAAAGUUGGGAAGCCACCUUCGUACAAACAAUUGUAUAUCCCUGGUCUAGACAUGGAGUACUCCAACACUGGGUACUCUUUCACAAAGAGUACAAAGCAUCUGGAUAAACCGGUUCAUUGGGGAGCCAUGACGCUGGAUGUUGAAAGUGAAGAAGAAGAAGAGGAGGAGGAGGAGGAUGAGGUAGAGGAAGAAGAAGGUGAGGAAGAAGUGGAAGAAGAGGAAGAAGAAGUGAAUGUUGUUUCUGAAGAUGAAGUACCUAUUGAACAAGAUGCAAGUAAAAUUUCUAUUAAUGAGUUUGGAGGUCAUAAAACUACAUCCAAGACCGCUACAACUACCCAAGGGUCCAGACCAUUGUAUCAAAUAAUCGAAGAACAAAAAGCUAAUGGGGGAAGCUUAACGGAUAUAAAAUAUAAUAUUUCUUCAGAUAAUAAAAAGCGAAGUGCUGAAGAAGUGAUAGAACAAGAAUCUACCACGACGACACAAAAAUCUGGAUCACAACCAACAAAGAAAUUUAAAUUCUAGUUGCAAACCU